UCAGUUUCAGCCAUUGAUAGGUGAAGUCCCGCACUGACCUUUUGAAUCCUUCUCCACCCCAAGUCCAUCAAUCCACUUCUAUAAAAGAAAGUUGGGAGAAGAAACAAGUGCUCUACAGAAACAUCCACCAUGAACGACAACGAAGAACCAAAAUUCAACUUUCAUGAGCUGAAGCUUGAGCGCGUGAAGGUCAUCUCGGUGCUUGGUCGCGGAGCCAAAGGCGUGGUGUUUCUAGUCAAAGAUGACGAGACGGAGGAGUUCUGGGCUAUGAAGGCGAUAUCGAGAGAUUUUGUCGAGAAAAAGAUUCAUGACGGGAGUGAGUAUCGAAGAGUCUGCUUUGAACAGAGCGUUUUGAGCAGUUUUGAUCAUCCGCUUUUGCCGAGACUACGCGGAGUUUUCGUUACAGAUAAGAUCGUUGGUUACGCCAUUGAUUAUUGUCCAGGUCGUGAUCUCAAUUACUUGAAAAAUAAACAGAGCGAGAGAACGUUCGCUGAUGAUCUUAUAAGAUUUUACGCGGCUGAAAUGGUUCUUGCGUUGGAGUAUCUGCAUAAUCAAGGGAUCGUGUACAGAGACUUGAAGCCCGAAAAUAUUAUGAUUCAAGAGAAUGGACAUAUAAUGCUUGUAGAUUUCGAUCUAUCCACCAAACUCUCUUCCAAAUCACGACGAAGCUCUCCGAAUCACAUCUGCGUCAAUACGACACCUGACUCGCCGACUCAAAAGCAUUUACUCUUCCGUUGCAACUCGGUCAUCUCGCCCGGUGACUCAACCUCUUGCUCCGGAUGUAGUUCCAGUUACUCGGCGCGGACGGACUCGGACUCGACUGAGAAAUCGAACUCGUUCGUUGGAACAGAAGAGUACGUAGCUCCGGAGAUAGUUUCAGGCAACGGCCACGAUUUCGCCGUUGAUUGGUGGUCGCUAGGGGUUGUAUUAUACGAAAUGCUGUACGGGACGACGCCGUUUAAGAGUUCCAAUAGGAACGACACGUUCUGUAGAAUCUUGAAGAAACAGCCUGACCUAGUCGGUGAAGCGACGCCGUUGAGAGACCUGAUUCGAAAGUUACUGGAAAAGGAUCCGAACCAGAGAAUCGGACUUGACGGAAUCAAAGCUCACGAUUUCUUCAGAGGAGUUGAUUGGGAUUCUGUGUUACAGAUCUCCAGACCACCGUAUAUUCCUUUGAACGAAGAACAGUGCGGGGAUACGAACGGAAUUAACAAGAUAGAUGUGGAGUUAUUUGUCCAAGACGUGUUCGCGUUUAGUGCGGUGGAAAAGACUAACGUUAAUGACAACAUUACUGAUAAUCACACCAAAGAGACUUUUUUGGUUUUCUAACUUGAUUUAUCUACUUUUCUAUCUCUGUAUUUUAUUAUUUAAGCACAUUUUUUGUGAUAAUCUAACCAUCGCGCUCAAGUUUUAUUUGUAAUGGCUGCCGCCAAUAUUGUUUGGCUAUUUAUAUGUCGUUUGUUAAAGUUUAGUCCAGUAAAUAUAACUUGACCUGUAAGAGUA